UAUGAGAAAAAGGGAAAGCUAAGGAUGCUGGAGCAGAACAAUGGAUUUCUCCUUCUCUUUCAUGCAAGGGAUCAUGGGAAACACAAUUCAGCAACCACCUCAACUCAUUGAUUCGGCGAAUAACCGCCAAGAGGAUGCUUUUGAUGCCAGCAGUGACAUCACUGAAGAUGGUAGACAGACGCCAUAUGAAGCUGCUCUUGCCUUGCAGCAAGGUUUUCAGUAUCCUACACCAACAGCAGAGGACCUUCCACCCCUCAUUAAUGGAUUUCCCCAAAUUGGCAUGUAUGAGCCCCAAACCAAAUACCAGUCCUACAGUCAGUAUCCAAAUGGCUCUGCCAAUGGCUUUGGCACCGUUAGAAACUUUAGUCCACCAGAGUAUUAUCAAAUGGAGAACUCUAACAUAAGGCCACAUGAAAUUCUGGAAAAACCAUCUCCUCCUCAGCCUCCACCUCCCUCAGUAUCCCAAACGGUGAUUCCAAAGAAGACAGGUUCACCAGAAAUUAAGUUAAAAAUAACCAAAACUAUCCAGAACGGCAGGGAAUUAUUUGAGUCCUCGCUGUGUGGGGAUCUUUUAAAUGAAGUACAAGCAAGUGAGUGUGCAAAGUCAAAACAUGAAGGGAGAAAAGAGAAACGGAAAAAAAGUAGCAAGCAUGAUUCUUCCCACUCAGAAGAACGCAAAUCACGUAAGAUUCCAAAACUAGAGCCAGAGGAGCAAAAUAGACCAAAUGAGAGGCUUAGCACACAGUCUGAAAAACCAAGGGAAGAAACAGUAGCAUUGGAUGAAACCCCGGCACAGCAGAUUGCUUCUUCUCUUUCCACACAAGAAGCAAGUGAUAGCAAGUUUGAAGUGGGAGAUCUCGUCUGGUCCAAAGUGGGGACAUAUCCUUGGUGGCCCUGCAUGGUUUCAAGAGAUCCUCAACUCGAAGUUCAUACUAAAAUUAACACACGAGGUGCACGAGAAUAUCAUGUUCAGUUCUUUAGCAACCAGCCUGAAAGGGCUUGGGUACAUGAAAAGCGGGUACGAGAAUAUAAAGGACGUAAACAGUAUGAUCAGCUGGUAGCAGAAGCUGCUAAGCAAGCCAAUCACUCUGAAAAACAGAAGAUUCGCAAACCAAGGCCGCAGAGAGAACGUGCACAGUGGGAUAUUGGCAUUGCCCAUGCUGAGAAAGCACUAAAAAUGACUCGGGAAGAGAGGAUAGAACAGUACACAUUCAUCUACGUAGAUAAAGAGCCAGAGGAGGUGUCAUCAAAAGCCAAAAGGACUGUCAUGCCUAAGACAGAGGCUAAAAAGAAUCGCAAAAUUAAACCAUCGCCAAACUCUCAGCCAGAACAGACCAGUGAUGUUUUGGCCUCACCUUCCCCACCCAAAACUGAGGUCCGGAGGCAUAGUCAGAGGAGACAGUCUAGUGCAGAUGAAGAAGCUCCUCCUGUGAAAAUACAGUGGAAAACUGCUGCGGCUAGAAAGUCCUUACCAGCGUCAAUAACCAUGCACAAGGGAACAUUGGACCUUCAAAAAUGUAAUAUGUCUCCAGUUGUUAAAAUUGAACAAGUUUUUGCUCUUCAGAAUGCUGCUGGGAAUGGAAAAUUCAUUGAUCAGUUUGUUUACUCUACAAAGGGUAUAGGAAACAAACCAGAAAUAAUCAUCAAGGGGCAUGACAAAGUCACUUCUGUCUCCAUCCAGCGAAAUGAGAGAGCCUCAUUACAAAGUGCACCCUCUCCAGAAACAUCUUCUGGGUUGGCAAGUUCUGUAGAAAAGAAGCAACAGAGAAGAUCAAUACGAACUCGCUCAGAGUCUGAGAAAUCCACUGAGGUUGUGCCAAAGAAGAAGAUCAAAAAGGAGCAGGUAGAGACAGCCCCACAGGCAGCAGUGAAGACUGGAUUACAAAAAGGUGCCAGUGAGAUUUCAGAUUCUUGUAAACCUCUAAAGAAAAGAAGUCGUGCCUCCACAGAUGUAGAAUUGGCUAACUCAGCUUACAGAGAUACCUCUGAUUCUGAUUCAAGAGGACUUAAUGAUUUACAGGGUAGUUUUGGAAAGCAGUCCGAUAGCCCAUCAGCCACAGCAGAUGCUGAUGCUUCCGACGUACAGUCUGUGGACUCCAGUUUGUCAAGAAGAGGUUCUGGGGCAAGUAAGAGAGACACUGUUUGUCAGAUCUGUGAAAGCACGGGUGAGUCUCUAAUAUCCUGCGAAGGUGAAUGCUACAGGGUCUUCCAUACAGAAUGCCUAGGGUUGAGCUCGCAGCCUGAUGGAAAAUUUAUCUGCCUGGAGUGCAAAAAUGGGCAGCAUAUAUGUUUUUCCUGCAAACGUCCUGGCAAAGAUGUGAAACGCUGCUCUGUCAACACGUGUGGCAAAUUUUACCAUGAAGCCUGUGUCCGCAAGUUUGCUACAGCCGUUUUUGAAUCCCGGGGAUUCCGUUGCCCUCAGCAUUGCUGCACCGCGUGCUCUAUGGACAAAGAUAUUCAUAAAGCAAGUAAAGGUCGCAUGGUGAGAUGUUUGAGAUGCCCCAUUGCCUAUCACUCAGGAGAUGGCUGUAUUGCUGCAGGAAGCUUGUUUGUGUCAUCCCACAUCCUCAUCUGUAGUAACCAUUCCAAAAGGAGCAAUCACUCUUCAUCAGCUGUAAAUGUAGGCUUUUGUUUCGUUUGUGCAAGAGGGCUGAUAGUGCAGGAUCAUUCAGACCCCCUGUUCAGUUCAUAUGCCAAUAAGUCCCACUAUCUACUGAAUGAAUCAAAUCGUGCUGAGUUGAUGAAAUUACCUAUGAUUCCUCCUUCUUCGUCAGCUUCCAAAAAGAAAUGUGAGAAAGGUGGGAAACUGCUGUGCUGCGAAUCUUGCCCUGCGUCCUUCCACCCGGAAUGUCUUAAUAUAGAGAUGCCAGACGGCUCGUGGAACUGCAACGAUUGCAAAGCUGGCAAGAAAUUGCGAUACAAGCAGAUUGUUUGGGUCAAGCUUGGAAAUUACAGGUGGUGGCCAGCUGAGAUCUGCAAUCCCAGAUCUGUUCCUCUCAACAUACAGGGCCUCAAGCAUGACAUCGGAGACUUCCCGGUAUUUUUCUUUGGUUCACAUGACUACUAUUGGGUGCAUCAGGGGAGAGUAUUCCCAUAUGUUGAAGGAGAUAAAAGCUUUGCUGAAGGGCAAACUAAUAUUAACAAGACCUUCAAAAAAGCACUUGAAGAAGCAGCGAAACGCUUCCAGGAACUGAAAGCACAAAGAGAAAGUAAAGAAGCACUUGAGAUUGAGAGGAGUUCCAGAAAACCCCCUCCCUAUAAACACAUUAAAUCCAACAAAGUGGUAGGGAAGGUUCAGAUUCAACUUGCAGACUUGUCAGAAAUCCCUCGGUGUAACUGUAAGCCAACUGACGAGAACCCUUGUGGCCUGGAGUCAGAGUGUUUAAAUCGAAUGCUGCAGUACGAGUGUCAUCCACAAGUUUGCCCUGCAGCAGAGCGCUGCCAGAAUCAGUGCUUCACCAAAAGACUCUAUCCAGAAGCAGAAAUUAUAAAAACUGAUCGACGUGGCUGGGGUCUACAGACCAAACGGAACAUUAAAAAGGGUGAAUUUGUCAAUGAAUAUGUUGGUGAAUUAAUCGACGAGGAAGAAUGCAGAUUGCGAAUUAAACGUGCCCAUGAGAACAGUGUGACCAAUUUUUAUAUGUUAACUGUUACAAAGGACCGCAUAAUAGAUGCUGGACCAAAGGGAAACUAUUCUCGCUUUAUGAACCACAGCUGCAACCCCAACUGUGAAACCCAGAAGUGGACAGUGAAUGGAGAUGUCCGAGUUGGGCUCUUUGCUUUAUGUGAUAUUCCUGCAGGGAUGGAGUUAACAUUUAACUAUAAUUUGGAUUGUCUGGGGAAUGGCAGAACUGAGUGCCACUGUGGAGCAGAAAACUGCAGUGGAUUCCUAGGAGUACGGCCAAAGACGGCAUGCGCAACAGCAAAUGAAGAGAAGGCAAAGAAUGCCAAACUAAAACAGAAGAAACGGAAGAUAAAAACAGAGCAGAAGCAGAUGCACGAAGACAAUUGUUUCCAGUGUGGAGAUGGGGGUGAACUAGUCAUGUGUGACAAAAAAGACUGUCCCAAAGCAUACCACCUCCUCUGCCUUAACUUGACACAGCCACCCUUUGGGAAGUGGGAAUGCCCGUGGCACCAGUGUGCCAUCUGCGGCAGCCCAGCAACCUCGUUUUGUGAGUUCUGCCCUCGCUCUUACUGCAAAGAUCAUGAAAAAGGAUCCCUUGUCUCCUCAGCCUUGGAUGGACGCCUCUGCUGCUCUGGACACAACCCUAAAGCUCCGGUGGCCCCCGAGUAUUGGGGCAAGAUCAAGCGCCGACCAGAACAGCAAAACCCAGAGGAAGCAUCAAAGGAGUGAAGAGGUUCUUCCACCAAAACGCCACACAACAUUGUACCCGUUCAGGGUGGCAAAUCAUUGUGAAUCUAGAUCCAGUGCCAUGGGAAGCCUCAGUCUUCAGCACUGCCUCCGUGGGACUCCAUUAGGGACCGCUGGAUCUUGGGAGGCAGUUGGAAGCCUGUGCAUCUGAUGAGAUCCGUUUGCCCUUGAAUGUGUCUUUCAGGCUCUCAAAGAUCCGAAAGAAGCAUCUUGGCAACCUUUUUGUUAGAAGAGGAAACCUUUCUGAUGCGGGGGAGGGGUGGGCAAAAGGACAUUCAGUUUAAAGUAUGUUCUCUGCGCGUAGAAAAGAAACAUAGCAAAAAUAUUUAUUUAUUUAAUUUUUAACGGACUUUUUUGAGGAUUUCUGGUUCUAAUACAAUCAGUGUGUCUGAAAAGAGUUAGCAGCACCAGCCUGGUAUCUAUCUCUGUAUGUUUUUUUUUUUUCUGUCUAGUUUUACAAUUAUGAAAAAAAAAUCAGAUAAAUCUUAAAUCUUAUUGUGGCAGUUCCAAGUGAGAUACUUCCAGUAACUUCAUGAUGACAAGAGUUUUGAGAUGGUGCACCCCUCUUUCCUUUCAAGGGAGAAAUACCUUCUCCCACAAGAAAUUAGGACUCCACUUACCUUGGAAGGGCAUUCUUGACAUGAUGUUUUCAGUCACUUUGGAAGCAUGUACCCUGGCAGCUUCUUAGAUAUACGGUGUUUGCAAUUCUGCUUUAUUUCUAAAGGGCUUAUGCAGAAGAGUCUGGUAGGUUGUGCCUAUAAAAAUCUGGGUGAAAAUGCUGUAAGGAGCCUAGGGAUAUUUCUCCUUUGGCCCUGGAGUCCAGUUUCAUUAUGCAUAGGUCACUUUUCUGUCACUAUUGAAUUUGAAGGAGACUUAAGCAGGAACGUCUUUGGAACAGUGCUUUUCUUGACUGUUGUACAUCUCGCUGUAUGAUGGGAAUCAGCGUGGACCACCUGCAUUUACAGGUUGGAUGUUCAGGCUCUUCCUUGGCAAGCCUUCCUUGGUUCUUCUUUUAUGGAUCAUGUACCAUGCAGAAUCUGUAAUCUUGCACGGUGUGAUUUCCACAAUAAUAGAUUCUGAUUAAGAUUUAUCUUUUAAAUUUGAAAGGCAGAAUUUGGCUGCCAGUUGGUGUAUUUUAUAUGGCCAGUUUUGUUCUUGUUUCAUCUGAUUUUGAUGUGGGUUAUUCAAAGGAAUAUCUUCAUUGGAUAGGAAUGGUCUAUCUUACAAAGCCAUGUGUGUAUUUCAUAAAGACUAGUUUAUUAAUCUUUCUAAAACAGUAGGCACUGAAAUAACGUAGCUUAUACUUGUUCCCAUUGGGUACUCCAAAUGUCUCCUGAAAUACUUGUUUUUAUUUAAGAUGCUUAGUUGAAUAACAACUGUAUAUUGAUUUAUAUGAACAUAACAAAUUAGGCGAUUCCAGAAAAUAGACAGUAUUUUAUGAUGCCAGUAACUCCUUUCUUAGGUUUUUUAUUAGUUUUUUAAUUCUUCUUUUUAAAAGCCUAUAAAGGAAAAGCAAAUACAGCUUCUAUUUUCCUAAUCUGCAUAGGCAUAAAAAUAAAGCUGCAUACUACAUUCCUUUAAAACACCUGAGAUGUCCUUCAGUUUUCAUUCAGUUUGCAAAUUCCUUUGCAGAUCACUGACUUCACUCUUGUAUUGCGUAAGCUUCAAAAUCUUGUGGACUAAAUAUUACAGAGCCCUAAAAGAAGAUGCUACGCAUUUGAUUACACUAAUGAACAUUUAAAGGAAUUUUUGAGAACACUACAAUUUAUUUAUGUAUAUUAAGAUUUAGAUUUUAGGGGUUUUUUUGUUACAUAUUUGAUUUUUGGGGUAGGAAAAAAAAAUAAGGUCACAGGGGAAGAAAUUCUUUCAGAGAGGAUUUUGUCCUAAUCUAAGAAUUCUACGUUCAGUAUUUUCUCAGAAUUCCUAUCUUUACUCUCUUCCCUACACUCCAUUAUCCCUUGACAGAUUGGGAAUGGCUAUAGAGUGUCCAGAUUUCAUGGCAGUGCAUUUCGAGAGGGCAAAUAUAUAAUUAGGGAACAGAUACCACUGAAGUUGAGGUGGAGUUUUGAAAUACUGCAACUCAGUCAGUGAACAGCAUUAAAGCUUGAGCUGUGCUGUGGCACCAUGGACCAGAUCAUGUUCUCCUUUCUCUUCUUUACUCACAUCUUCCCCCCUCUGUCUCUCUCAGCUGCCAUGUACUGUUCUGGUUCUUGUCUUUUCAUCAUGUUUAGAAGAAACUUGUUCCAUUUGGGUGGAGAGAUCUUUUGUCCUUACUAGCAGAGCAUCCAGCAUCAUGAUUAUAAUUUGUAUGUCACCUCAAGUGCAAUUUUGCAAGGAAAAGUGGCUAAAACUGUUUAUAAAUAGAAGGGUCAGUGGGCGGGUGGUCAACAGUCAAAGCCAAUCCUGUUUAGCCCACACCUGAACCAGCCCUAUUCUCAGAAGAAGAGGACACUCCAUGACGAUGUCAAUUUAAAUUAGUGUUUCAGAUUUUCUCCACUAAUGGGUGCAAAUAUGAAGGAAGCAUGUAUUUUAUUGGGUGAUACUUUUUUGUUAGAAAAAGCCUUUUGAACCCCAUAAAGGUUCUCCAUUAAGCUAAGAUGUUUUAAAACUUAGCUGGCUCGCUCCUGAGUGGAUUUUAAAUGUUUUCGCAUUGUUCUAGAAUUGAGUGUUUAGCUCGUUUUGUUCUGUUUUGUUUUAAGAAAUAGAAUGGGAAGGUUUUCCUUUGAAAAUGCAGAUCUACAAUAAGCAAUAUGACAUUGUUAACAAACCGAAACGCUGAUUAUGAGUAAAGAGUGUUUUUGUGAGCAAUGGCAAUAUUAAAGGUUCCUGGAUUCCCUCCCUCCCUUCUCCCAAUUUCUAAUUAUUUGGUCUGUUGGCCUCUGUAAAAGUGGGAUUGAAGGAAUGCUAUGAGAGAUGGAGUUGAGUCAAAGGAAGGCUGGCGUUCUUCUCUGAAUAUAUGCUGAAAACAGGUAUUUCUUCUCCCUCCUUCCCAUCCUCCGGUGUGUGCUUGACUUGCAAAACACUCCCUAUUUCCUCCACUUCUUCCUAAUUACUUUAUAAGGUAGGGUGCAAGAGUGUUUUCUUUUUCCCAAGCAGUUCAUACAAAUGAGUAAAAACUGCUGAUUAUCCUGUACGCACUUAAAAUCGAUUGAGGUUUCCCUGAGAUCUCUUGCUCUGCGCCCUUCUGUGGGACAAACCUAUUGAACCUAGUGGCACUUCUUUCUGAGUGGACAUGCGCAGGAUUGCGUUGUGAAUUCAGCGAAACGUAAUUUCUGAGUAGGCAUCCAUAGCUUUGCUGUUUGUAUGCACAAGCCAUGAUAGGGGUUCCAUAGAGAAAUGGCUACAUUUUGCUUUAUCCCAUAGAUCAUGCACUUUAAUCAGGAGUGGAAAGUGGUGUUGGCUUGCUCCACUAGAAUACUGCAGUUUUGUGUUCUUGCAAGGGUGGAGAUGCUUUCAACAUGAGAUCGCAACCUACAGAAUACAGAUAUCUUUUGGCUGUAUUGGCAUAACUCUGACUAAAGUCUGUGGAAUGCUUUUGUAUUGCAGCUUGGGUUACAUAUAUGCCUCAAGGAAACAUGUUUUUGUCUGCAGGGACAUGAAAAGGUAGUGUGAAAACAUCUGACUAGGUAAACAGUUUAAAGAAAAUAGUUUUGACACUUAGAUUUCAAGCAGGUGUCUCGUGAAUCCUGGGGAUACACAGGUGGGAUAGCAAUUUCUACACAUUUUUUAGACCUACAACUGCUUUGUCAAACACUCCAAGGGUCGCAAUUCAUACAAGCAAUGAAAAACCGAGAAAAAUUUCCGCCAAGCAGCGUGUGCCUAGGAAAUUCCACAGGAUAUGUAAUUUGUAACUGAUGCUGCUUGUGCUUUGAGGAAUGAAGCAAGCAGCAAAACAAGGGAUAUUCUGGUCUUCUCUUGUGAGCAGCUACCCGCACAGUAUUUUUUAGCAUUUCUUUUUUCACUCCUUAGCAGACAGCAGUGUGAUUUCAGGCUUUAACAUGUGAAAACAUGAGCCAGUUGCUGAAGUUGAUGUCAAAGCUCUGAGAAGCCUCUGCUGUUAUCAAGUGUAUGUCUAAAGAAGAGUGUUUGUAUGUGGUCAUGGUGCUGCUGCUUUCCUUCAGGACAUACAAUACAGGCACGCACUUCCUACAUUCUGUUUUAGGAGCCCUCAGGUGCAUAUCUGUGGGUUAAAAUGCCGCGUGAGAAAGUUCUGUAGAACUUGUGAUUAAGAUGAAGGGGCUCGAAUGCCUCCCUGGCUUUAUGCUUGGAUUCCGUCUGCAUACCCAGGUGGCAUUCAGAAGGUGUAAUUAUUACAGUAUCAUUGCCAAUGACCUGAAAACCAGUUGACUGUAUAUAUGGAGAUGUUAAGGGUAGGGUUGGGACGUGGGGAAUGUCUCCCGCUGGUACGAAUAUAGUCACUUUAACAUUGUAUCUUCUGCCUCAUUGAAUUCAGGGUUUAAAGUACUUGAAACUAUUUCCAUGCUUAUUUUACAGUUUGUGUUUUAUUUAUACAUUUCCUAUUGUAUUAUGAGAGUCUCUCUUCCCACCGUAACACAGAGUCUGAAAUAGAUUUCUGCUUCUAUUGCACAAGAUGAAUCCAAGGCGUAUAGGAAAUACUUGGAAAGUAAACUUAACUCCUUUUCUUAUGCUCUUAAGAGCUGUUGCCGGAGAUAGUAGCAGCAUUAUGACUUUCCAGUAUGUUUGUUGCUUACACUAAAUGGGCCCUCCUGCUUUCUCCUCCCCAUGUCAGAGUUUCAGACAAAAAUAAAAUGCACUUAUCAUAUCACUCCUUGAUCUGUAUAGAUAACUUUGCAAGGUGGACUUGAGCAAAUCGGUAUCCAGCUGCAUUUUACCAUGUGAUGGGUUCCGGUUGCAAAUAUAAUUGGGUGAGUGGCACUCUCCCUCUGUUCUGGAGAGGGUGGGAGGAAAUGAAGCAGGCAGUUUUUGCAGCUGUGGUGACAUGCAGAAAGCUAGAAAUUGUCAUCUGCAUGGCAUGAAGUCUGUCUAUAUUGAUGUUUCUCAACCCUGGCAACUUUAAGC